GGAUGGACGAUGGCCACGACGCGAGGUCUCAGACAAUAAAACAACAUUCUCCAACUUCACCAAGUUGUGCUUGUACACCCACACAGCGAAUACGCAAGAUUUAACACAGUUGAGCUAUCAAAGCAAACGAAAUAGGCGAUGAUGAUCAUGAGAAAGUCCACUCUUCUCCGCCUAGCCCUUCCUCGAAUCCUUCAAUCUCCCAGAAACCAUUCAUCUCUUCCGACUAGUUCUCCGAUCUCCCACAGCCCGUUUUUGGGAUCGUUCUCGCGCCUAUACUCUUCGAACGUUGAUUUCAACCACUCCGACGAAGAAAGCAAGAGGCGCUUGUUCAACAGGCUUCUAUACAGGAGCAAACAGCGAGGGUACCUAGAGUUGGACCUCAUUCUGGGAGAUUGGGUGGAGGAGAAUAUCAAUUCUAUGGAUGUAAAUGGAAUAAAGGCUCUUGUUCAUGUUCUUGAUCUGCAUGUGGGCAUUUAUGCUAGUAUUCUGGUAGAGCAAAACAUUAAUUUAUAGCUACACAAGGUUGUUGGUAAUCCUUCCAGUCAAAAGUUCAAACUUGUGGUUGGAGACAUAUGCUCUAACAUGUCUUUGCACCUAAACAUCAACUUUUUUUAUACUAGUUGACGUGAGAUUUGAAUUCGUGACAUCUAGGUCAAUAAUGCUCUAAUACUUCAUCCAUGAACUGAUACAACCAAAAACUCAAGCUUGUGCUUAGAGGCAUAUGAAAGGUUUUAUAAUACUCUUAAUAACAUUAAUGAAUUAUUAACACGAGGUUAUUUAUUCUCUUGGCUGCAGGAGAAUCCCGAUUUGUGGAAGUGGUUGACCGGUCAGGAGCAAGCCCCGGACGCAAUCAGAACCAAUCCUGUGUUCAGCGCUGUACAUGAAAAGGUCAUGAACAACCUUGACAAACACACAGCUCCCGAGACGCGAAGUACCCCAGGACAGGCAUGGGUGAGGGGGUGGGAUGAUUUCAAAAGAGGCAGAGAUGGCCCUAUCGCCGGGAAUCAGUAGAGCUUUAUCUUAGGGCACAACUACAAGUUUUAUAACGUACUCGUGUAUAGAAAAAUGGCACAAAGUAUGAUAUGAUUAAAUUUUCUGUAUAUUUUGAACACUUCCAAUCACACACAAAUAAGACCAUUGUGGGAAAACCUUUUAGCUCUGAGUGUUAUGACUCAGGUUGAGAUUUGAUGUUAUUACUGUUAUGGAUAAACCCAAAUAAAUGAUGAGCUCAUGCUCUCGUCUCUUGAAUCUGCCUAGUUGAAUU